AUGCCAGUUGCCACACGAACGGAGGACCAGGGGCUCCCAGUGACAUGUCAAUGCGGCUACAUCUCCUUCCGCACGCCCACGGCGCAGCCCCUGCGCAUCGCCUGCUGCCACUGCGCCUCAUGCCGCAAGCAGUCGGCGUCCGCGUUUGGCUCCUCGGCCUUUUACCCCGCGGACGCAUUCAUAUCGAACCUGCCACAGGAGGCCAAGGACAGGUUCCAGCUGUUCACGCUCGCCGCCGACAGCGGCAACAAGAAGCACUGCUACUUCUGCCCAAAGUGCGGGGUACGGCUCUACGGCCACUCGCACAAGCCUGACGGGACGCCCUUGGGGAUGCGGAACGACCAUCCAGCCAGAUAUCUCAAGGUGAAAGCAGACAUCAUCAAGCACAGCCUGGAUGACCCGACCGCUUCCCCGAUCGUCGCUGUUCUCGAACCCAGCGACGAGGGAUGGAACGGUGUCCCGGAAAUCACAGCCUUUUGCAUCUGGUACCGCGAAAGUCCAGACGGUGAAGAUGACGCCGAGAAGGACGGCCUGCCCGUCCACCUGUCCGCAACCCCGGACGGAGCCACGCUUUACAACAGCCUUGGGUUCCGUAGUGUUGGGAAGUGGAAGUGGCGCCCGGGUCAGGAUCGUGACUGGGAGAUCAUGCGCUGGGACCCACCGAAGGAUGCUCACUGA